AUGGAUGUCGAGUAUUCUCGUUAUAAUAAUGAGUUAAAUACUAUUAGCAGAUAUUAUGCUGAAGCAUCAGAAUUGGGUCAGCAAAUAAUAAAAUGGAAAAAUGCUUUUAAGGCAAUUUGCUCCACGAACCGUCUUGGACUCAUUGAUUCAUUAAGUACACCAACUACCCUGCAAUCUGUCAUGGUUGUAGUGGGAAAGACUGUCAUGUUUGUUGAUGAGUUAUGCUUAAUGGACUUUGGGAAUCAUGAUGCUUCCGAAAGAAAAAAUAUUGAGGCAAAGAAAAAGUUGCAAGAAGAAGCAAAGCGAAUUUAUCCAAAUCCUAACGAAGACAAUAAAUUGAAUUGUCAAUUAAAUGAUGUUUAUCAUAUAUCGGAUAUCGAAGAUAUAACCAACUCCACUCAUAGGAAUGAUGAUAACGAAUUUAUCAUCAAGCAAGAUCGUGGGAGACCUACAUACAUUUUUACGAGUCCAAAGCGAGAUGCUAUUAUGCAUGCAAUAAGGUCAUCAAAGGCGCGGUAUCAAAUAGCAAAACCAGUUAGCGUAACAGCAAGAACUAUAAGUCCAAGUGGUGUGCCCGGUCUGUGUAUACCCGCGAAUAAUAGUACAUUUAUCGAACAAUUGAGUGGAAGACUAGCCGUUUCUGAGACUGGUCUGACACUAGAAUUUCUGUCGGAAUUCUUUGUUGGAUUUUAUAAAUCCAAUACAUCACAGAAACAUUUAUGCCUCCAAUACAUGGCACCAUGGCUUUUGAAUUUAGCUCUAUAUUAUAGAAAUGGUUCUGAGCACCAACCGCAUCUUAAGAAGACGCGGGAUAUUAUUAAAAACUUGAUUUACAUGACAACUAAAGAGCCGGAGUUGUACACCGCAAUACUAUCAAGGGUGUGGUCUACCCUUAAAGGA